AUGGGAAACGGUGAACGAGGUCGCCCCAGCAAGAAGCCCAAGUUCGCGAAGGAGGAGCAUAGGGCUCAAGCCGUUGAAGAUGUUGACCCGGAAGAAUUUGAUGACGAUCUUCGUGAUGGUGAAGGGAAAAAGAGGGAUUUCUCAAAAUUGGAACUUAAGCCUGAUCACGUGAACCGUCCGUUGUGGGCUUGCGCGGAUGGGCGAAUUUUCUUGGAGACUUUCUCUCCACUGUAUAAACAGGCCUAUGAUUUCCUCAUUGCAAUUGCCGAACCAGUUUGCAGGCCCGAGUCAAUGCACGAGUACAACUUGACCCCACAUUCUUUAUACGCUGCAGUCUCAGUGGGACUAGAAACAGAGACGAUUAUAUCUGUCCUGAAUAAACUUUCAAAGACCAAGCUUCCGAAGGAGAUGAUUGAUUUUAUUCAUGGUUCUACUGCUAACUAUGGGAAAGUAAAGCUUGUGCUAAAAAAGAAUAAAUACUUUGUGGAGUCUCCAUUUCCAGAGGCAAUUUACAUUAAUCCCAUCUCUUACUGGGUUGAAAUAACAUGGAAUGAAAAUCGUGGAGGUGAUGGAUUCACAAUUGGCAAAUCUGCUGGUGAAAUAGAAGGUGCACAUGAUGAGUUGCUGGAUGAAGCAGAUUUGGCUGCUGCUGCUGAAGAAAAAGAAACUCAUGCAUUUGAAAUUGAUCCAGCUCAGGUCGAAAAUGUAAAGCAGCGCUGUUUGCCAAAUGCUCUCAAUUAUCCUAUGUUGGAGGAGUACGACUUCAGAAAUGAUACGGUCAAUCCUGAUCUUGACAUGGAACUGAAGCCACAUGCACAGCCACGCCCAUAUCAAGAAAAGAGUCUGAGUAAGAUGUUUGGAAAUGGCAGAGCGCGUUCUGGUAUCAUUGUACUACCGUGUGGUGCCGGAAAGUCUUUGGUUGGGGUAUCUGCUGCUUGCAGAAUUAAAAAGAGUUGUCUUUGCUUGGCUACAAAUGCCGUGUCUGUUGAUCAAUGGGCUUUCCAGUUUAAAUUAUGGUCAACCAUUAGGGAAGAGCAAAUCUGUCGUUUUACAUCCGAUAGCAAAGAGAGAUUCCGUGGUAAUUCUGGAGUGGUGGUGACAACAUAUAAUAUGAUCGCUUUUAAUGGCAAACGUUCUGAAGAAGCUGAAAAAAUUAUUGAGGAAAUAAGGAAUCGAGAGUGGGGACUGCUUCUCAUGGAUGAGGUGCAUGUGGUUCCUGCUCACAUGUUCAGGAAGGUCAUUAGUCUCACAAAAUCCCACUGCAAACUCGGGCUUACGGCAACUCUUGUAAGAGAAGACGAAAGGAUUACGGACUUGAACUUUCUUAUCGGUCCGAAAUUGUAUGAAGCAAAUUGGUUGGACUUAGUGAAAGGAGGUUUCAUCGCAAACGUUCAGUGUGCAGAAGUCUGGUGCCCUAUGACAAAAGAGUUCUUUGCUGAAUACCUGAAAAAAGAAAAUUCAAAGAAGAAACAGGCUCUUUACGUAAUGAACCCGAAUAAAUUCAGGGCUUGUGAGUUCCUCAUCAAGUUUCACGAACGGGAGCGGCGUGAUAAGAUAAUUGUUUUUGCCGAUAACCUUUUUGCACUGACUGAGUAUGCUACGAAGCUUAGAAAACCUAUGAUUUAUGGUGCCACGAGUCACCCUGAAAGAACUAAAAUUCUUGAAGCAUUUAAAACCAGCCGAGAUGUCAACACCAUUUUCCUUUCAAAGGUUGGUGAUAAUUCUAUAGAUAUUCCCGAGGCAAAUGUGAUAAUUCAGAUUUCAUCACAUGCUGGUUCAAGGCGUCAGGAGGCUCAGCGACUUGGGCGUAUUCUCAGGGCUAAGGGGAAGCCUCAAGACAGGGUGGCGGGAGGCAAGGAGGAGUACAAUGCAUUUUUCUACUCUCUUGUUUCUACUGACACUCAAGAGAUGUAUUAUUCCACCAAAAGGCAGCAGUUUUUGAUCGAUCAAGGUUAUAGUUUUAAGGUAAUUACGAGCUUGCCUCCUCCCGACUCGGGACCCGAGCUCAAUUUCUACCGUCUUGAAGAUCAGCUUAACCUUCUUGCAAAGGUGCUUACGGCUGGCGAUGAUGCCGUUGGAUUAGAGCAGUUAGAAGAAGACACGGAUGGCAUAGCGUUGCAAAAAGCUCGUCGCUCAUUCAAACCCAUGAGUAUGAUGUCCGGGGCCCACGGAAAGCUUUACAUGGAGUUCAAUAGCGGAAAAGCAGCAAAGAGGGAUAGCAAUAAGCCGAGACAUCACUUGUUCAAGAAACGUUUUGGGUGA